ACAUGAAAUAAAUGCGCUCGGUUGUAAAUCAUCUUGGAACGUUGUCAUGGUGACGUAACGUGUGGCGGCAAAGUGCGGGUCCCAUGUUGAGCCUUCAACGGAAUUCAAACCGAGCCAUUUAGCGGCGGAAGUCAGUUGGAUCCCGGAGGGUUCAGGCUCGAAGACCGCAAACGAACAAACCAGCCAGUCGAGUCUGAACUUGUUUCAGCCGCUGCCAGUUAAUGCCGCCUCCAUCGUUGAAAUAAUUGCAGCGCCGUUCGGAGGCAUCGGGGUGAACUUCUUCCCCGCUCACGUUACGUGUCUCCGGGAUACACUUUUAAUCACCCCCCCCUCCCUUCCUCGUUUUCCUCCGGCCGCAGCAGACAGCGGCUGUCCCGACCCCCAGCAUCUCGGCCCAGACAUGGGGGAAAUCAUCCAGCCGCGCCGCAUGUUCCUCUGGAGCAUGGCGGUUGUCUACCUGGCUGCUUUCGUGUCUCUCUACGCGCAGAUUCCAGGCCUCUACGGUAAUGAUGAGCUGCUUCCCGCCCGAUGGCAGCUGCGAUACAGCGGUAAGUCUGUGGGGGAACUGCUGCUGUCCUCUCCCACCCUGCUGUGGCUGGGACCUCAGCUCGGCGUGGACACGCACACCGCCAUGGAGCUGCUGUGCCUCGUCGGCGCAGCGCUCAGCCUCGCCGCCGUGCUGCUGGAGGCCCUCCGGGACAGCGUGGUGUUCUUCUGCCUCUGGGCCUUGUACCUGUCCAUGUCCCAGGUGGGCCAGGUUUUUCUCUACUUCCAAUGGGACAACUUGCUUCUGGAGGUUGGCUUCCUUUGUAUCCUGGUUGCCCCUCUGACGUUGAUCAGAGGGUCACGAGGGGUCAGAGAGCAUGAUCGUGUGACGUUCUGGCUGCUCCGCUGGUUGCUCUUCAGGCUCAUGUUUGCCUCUGGCGUGGUGAAGCUGACCUCUCGUUGUCCCACGUGGUGGGGCCUCACGGCUCUGACGUACCACUAUGAGACCCAGUGUAUCCCCACCCAGCUGGCCUGGUAUGCCCACCAGUUGCCCGUGUGGUGGCAGAAGCUGAGUGUGGUGGGGACCUUUGUGAUUGAGAUCGCUGCACCUCUGCUUUUCUUCAGCCCGCUGCGCAGACUCCGGCUCGGGGCGUUUUACCUGCAGGUGUUGCUUCAAGUUCUCAUCAUUUUGACUGGCAACUACAAUUUCUUCAACCUGCUGACAUUGGCCCUGUGUCUCUCGCUUCUGGACGACCAGCACGUCAACUUCUGGCUACGCAAGGCAGACAAGAUCAGCAACACGGACUCCAAGCUGAGGUGCUGGUUGUGUUACCUGCUGGAGGUCGCAGUCUGGUCUCUCAUGAUCCUCGGAACGAUCGUAUGCUUUGACCUUAAGCCGAAUACAACAAAUAACGGCAUCUCGUCCAGGACAGCAUUCACAUACCACCAGUUUAACCAGUUUCUCAAGACUGUCACCAUCCCCUGCAUCUGGAUCGCGGUCCUCUCUCUUACCUGGGAGAUGGUCACCGCCAUGUUCAGGUGCACGUGUGUCUCCGGUUUCCUGAAGAGGUUUUGGGGAACUUUGCAGUGGGCCGUGUUCGCCACUGCCACCGCUGCCAUGUUCACCAUCAGCCUGGUGCCCUUCACCUACAUCGAGUAUGACUCUAAUGUCAGGUUGUGGCCCGGAGUGCGUCGGGCUUAUGAGCUGGUGGAUCGCUACCAGCUGGUCAAUUCGUAUGGCCUGUUCAGAAGGAUGACCGGGGUCGGGGGACGGCCGGAGGUCGUCAUCGAGGGAAGCAACGACCAAGUCUCGUGGACAGAGAUCGAGUUCAUGUAUAAGCCAGGCAACCUAAGUGCGUCUCCUGCCGUGGUGACACCUCACCAGCCCAGGUUGGACUGGCAAAUGUGGUUUGCUGCGCUCGGGGAUCAGACCCAGGCUCCGUGGUUCACCAGCCUCAUGUACAGACUCCUGCAGGGAAAGACCGAUGUCAGCAAGAGCGUGGAACGUAUCAACGUCCUGUGAGGAGCCGAAGGCAGCUUAAGGCGGAGCUGAGGGGUCCUACAAGUCACAAAACAAUAAUGGCUCUGAGAGUGUAGUGUAGCUGCUGCAUAGCUUUACUUAUAGCAGAGCUCUUAAGUAGUUACCCAUUAAAAAAAGAGUGAACGUCACUGAAGUCCUUUCUAAAUAGAAAAAACGAAACGAAAACGAAUGGCGAAGAAUACAGAAACAAGCACCCACUUGCACUGUGGCGCCAACUUCACUUUGAUGAAAACAAAGGUUAUCAUGGCUUAGUAUCUGUGAUGGGACGUUAGUGUUAAGGUUUUGGAAGCUCUCGAGGGAGGCCUCACUCCUUGUUCUCGUCCCGGCCGGAAACGAGGACACG